AUGGAAGUGAGGGGACGAUGCGAGAAUGAUGUUGAUGUUGUUGUUGUUGUUGAUGAUGAUGAUGGUGGUGAUGAAAGUGAACUUGCUCAAGUGCCAUUGAGACGUCCGGCCGGAUCCGGUCUGCCGGUACCGACUCGGCCCGCCCGUAUGCUUGGCUCGCUUGCGCUGUCUGCUUAUUUGCCUUACCCCACAUUGCCGGCCCCCACCUUGCCUGGCCACACUCUCGCCCCAUGCCCCUCCCGUCGGGUCGACUUGACGACUUCCCCUCUUGCCCGCGCCCGGCCCCUAUCGCCGGGCCAAGUGGCUGGGAUACCUACACAAUAUUAG